GGAGCGAGCUUGCUACCCACUGGCUUCCUGAAAAUAGCAGCCACACAGCGAGAAAUACACGACACACACGCACGGGCAGGAACAGGGCAGUCCAGCUUUUCUACAUAUUUGGCCAUCUUUGCGCCUUCCCCCACCUUAGUGUGUGCGUGUUGCCAGUGUCCUACAAGCGAAAGUGCAAACGAGUGGUGCGUGAUUCUAUCGCGAGAGUGCAGAGAUUGCAGUUUCGAUUGCGCGCAUCAUCAUCGUCAUCAUCAUCGCUUGCCCGCCGCUGCGGUGAAAUGAAAAGCAAUAAUUGGCAGUACGCGCCGGGCCCAUUUUUGCGUAGAGCCGCUCGCCACCUAUCCCGUCCACUCUUGUCGCGGUGUGCAGUGCAGUGGUAGUGUGAUAGUAGUAGGCUGUGAAGUGGUGGUGAUCGGCGAGGGCAGCCCUGCUCCCAAAUGGUUGUUUAGCUGCUUCCGGGGAAAGGAUCGACAGAAAGAGUUUCACAGUUUCCGCCGUCGCCGCCGCCUGCAAGCAACGCAAUCAUGUCGUCCACGGUGGAGGAGCCCGAUCUGUUCAACGACGUCGAAAUUAUGGAGGUGGGCGACUUUCCGGAAAGCGAUGAAAACUACGUGUCCGUCGAGCUGUGCUCGGACGACGACGAGGACGAUCGUGCACUGCUGGACGGGGACAAAUGUUCCUCGCCCAAGGGGGGACUGCUGCUGUCCGAUGAGGCAGCGGCAUCCUCCACGUACGUGAAUCAUCUCUUCGUGUCUGACCACGAGUAUAUGGACGACGGUACGACCGGUAGGCGGAGUGGCGAAGGUCACACCCCACUCCCUUCCGCAGAGAGUGCCGCGGAACGGAUGGCGCUGGAGGUGGAGCACCGUAGCGAGCGGUUCAGCGUGCCGUACGUGGAGGAUCUCGAGCUGCAGGAUCUGUUCGACAAGGAUAACGGGCUGGACGACGGUAUGCGGCUGGACGAAACGGACGACAGCAGCGGCAACGAGCGGGAGAAGGAGGAGGAGGAGGAGGACGGCCACGAUGAUGAGCAGCAGCACGAUCCGUACGAACUGUUCGAGACGAAGAUCGAAAUCGAAGAGCCACAAAUACAGGAAACGAUCCUGGACGAGGAGUACAUCGGCAAUGAGCUGAUAUCGCCGCCGUCGGCCGACGAGUACGACAGCCACGACGAGGUGCUGCAGUCGCUCAACAGUUCCAGGGCGGUACAGUACCAGGGUGGCACGGCGGUGGGCGAGAAUGAUUCGCCGCUCGAGAACGACCAUUCGUACACGACCAUUAACAUCAUCACGCCACAACCGAGCGACCAGGAGGAGGCGGAGGAGGGCGUGUCGUCGGACGACGAUGGGGAGCUCAGUUUGCGGAAGCUGGUAACGCUCUCGAAAAAGCUGGCCCGCGAAGGAGACGUUACAUCGACGGGCGGCAAACGCACGGUGCAGAGGAUAGAGAAGGUGGUGAAAUCGUUCCUGAACCGUUCGACUGAGCUGCAGCCGACAGCGUCAGCGGCGCUGCUGGGCAAAGAAGCAUCACCGAGCGAGGGCAGCAGCCUGUCCGUGCCGCUGUCGGCGAAUUGUUCCGAACGGAUGGAGGGCGAUGGGCUAGUGCCGUCGACGGAUGGGUCGCACGGUCGGCGGGAAGAUUUCGGUUCCGAUGUGGACUGUGCUAAAGGGGGCAGUGCAAGUAGCAGUGCUGCGUCCGGCGACGAGCUGGAGGAGUUGCUAGAAUUGGGAGCCAAAUUUACCCAGCAUUACGAGCAGUGGCUCAAAAAGACGAGCUGCAGAGGAGGAGCUUACCAAAAGGGUUCAAAAGCGGCCCAGCUGGCUAAUCUGGUUGAAAAGAUCAAUCGUGUUAAUCCGAGUGAAAAUGUCCCAUCGAGCCGGCAGGACAGCUCAAAUGCCGCCAGCACUGGCAAUAAAGUGGAAAUAGCAAUCCAGACGGAACGUUCGAAGGAUCAGCACCGCAACGAGCAGUGCAAGAAAAGGUUACUAGAUUCCUCCUCCGAUAGCAGCAGCAGUAGUGGCAGUAGCAGUAGCAGCAGUAGCAGCAGUACCAGCCAACUCUCCGGCAGUGGAAAUUCCAGCUCCAAGAGGACGAAGGAGGCGCUGCGACACAAUCGCCGGUUGCGAAAAGGUGCCAAAGAAAAGCGUAAACCGAGCUCGGCGGAUGAGCGUGGUGCGGGUAAGAAGCGCCGCGAACAAAUCUACUCCGACAGCUCCAGCGACGAGGCGGAGAAGCGGUCGGAGGAUGGUGGCCGUGCGGAAGGGGACGAAAACCUGCUCGACGGUGUGCUGAGCGGUGUGGAUGACAUCAUGUCGGACGUGCAUGACAUCAUACCGGACGCGGUGGGUGUCGUGCAGGACUUUCUCGACGGGGAGCAGCAGCGCCAGGAGCGGGAAGAACGGUCGGAGGAAACGCGCAAACGGUCCGGUGCUGGUGCGGGCAAGGAACCGACCAGGCCGGCGCUCAGCAAGAGCGUGAAGGACAUGACGGAGGCGGAGCGAGAGGAGUACGAGGACAUGCAGAUCGAGCGGCUGUGCAACAUCAGCACGCUGAUCGGGUGUCGGAAUGCGGCGGGCGGUGCGACGGGUUCGGGCGGUCCGGCAAGUGCCGCCAGCAAAUCGAAGGAGUCGUCGUCGUCGGCGGUGAAGAAGAAAAAGGACGAGAACAAUAUGGAGCACUUUUUAAACCAUGAAAACGGGAGCGACGACACCGCGGCGGCACCGCUCGAGCCACAGUCGGACGAGUCGAGCGAGAGCGAAAAGGACGUGGUAGAGACGGAGGAACAAUUCCUGCAAAAGUGCAAUGAAACGAUGAAGCAGCAGCUGCUGAAUCAGCUCAGCAGCAGCGAGGAAACGAGCGACGAGGAGGACAACCUGGACGGUUUGCUGUCGGGCGAGGAGGAGGACGAUAACAGUGGCGAUGGUCGGCCGAACGGGACGGGCAAGGAAGAUUCGGACGACUCGUCGGCCGGCUCGUUGGUGGAAAGCUUUUUGAAGCGUCACGAUUCCAAGCUGGCGGAGCGGAAGGAGCGCAAAAAGCAGCCCAACGAAAGGGAGAAUGGCAAUUUACUUACCAACGGACAGGCGGACGACUCCGGGGACAAUGCCGGCGGGGAAAGUUCCGCGGAGCAGCAGGCAACGAAAGACUCCGAGCGGGCAGAAACGCCCAAAAAGCAAACCCGAACGGAGCUGGCAAAUCCGAAAGACAAGGAACUGUUCAGCAACGAUUUGUUUGACGACGAAAAGUCCGACAAGUCAGGGAAAACACCGCGCAAAAGGCGGAAGCGCAUAAACGCGCGGAAAGCACGCGGUUCUGACAGCGAGCGCGAAUCGUCCAGUGCCGAUUCGGACGUGGAAAUGCUGGACGGAACGCCCAAGAAGCGGCAGCGAAAGCGGGCCGCUCCAGUGUCGCUUGAAACGUUCGAUUUCAGCGCGUCGCUAAACGCGUCCGCUGCUCCCAGGAAGGGUAAAACGCCUGCCACCACUGCUGGUGAAGGCAGCGCCAUUGCAAAGCCGUCUCCAAGUACUCUCACUCCCUCCGGCGAUAGCACUAACGACAAGCAGGCGAAAACAUCCUCUCCCGCACCAUCCGAUCCGGACGCAACGACGACGGGCAGCGCAGUAGCAGCAGCGGCGGCAGCAACAGGCAGCAGCACGGCAGGCAAACAGAAAGGCUCCAAAGAUGGCCAGGACUGUAUCAGUCUCAGCUCGGACAGCUCCGACGAUGCCGAGCUGAUUACGGGCGAUCUGGAGGAAAACAAAAUCGUCCCGGACAAGGAGCCGAAGCGCAGGAUCCGUGCCAUGCUGACGAACGACGAGCUGGCCGAGGAGACGAAGAAAGCGCAGAAGGAGGAGGAGGGCCGUACGGCGCGACUGAAGAAGAAGCACGAGCAGCUGAAAAAGUUCCUCGCCUCGUACCUGCCCGGGCCGGGCGAGAGUGAGCUGGUGCUCGAUUACGAUUCCGUACGCAAGCAGGCGAUCUGCGUGCAUCCGGAGAUAGUGAAGCUGCUGAAGCCGCACCAGAUCGAGGGUAUCAAGUUUAUGUACGACAACACGUACGGGUCGGUCGACGCGCUGCCGAAACAUUCCGGCUCGGGUUGCAUCCUGGCGCACUGCAUGGGGCUGGGCAAGACACUGCAGAUGAUCUCGCUGCUGCACACGGUGAUGCGCUACCCGCAGCUGAUGACGAACCGGGUGCUGGUCAUCUGCCCGAAAAGCACGGUCAUGAACUGGAAGGAGGAGAUCGCCCGGUGGCAGGGCACGAUCCGCACGGGCUACCAGAUGAAGGUGUACUGCUUCCCGGACGUGUGCACGCAGAACGACAAGAUAGCGGUGCUGAAGCGCUGGUACUACUGCAAGUCGCCCAACUGUGGCGUGAUGCUGAUCGGGUACGAGGCGUUCCGGGCGCUGAUCAACUACGAGCGGCGCAAGGGUUCGGUCGGGCUGCGCAGCGCCAAGCUCGGGCUGAUCAAGGAGUAUCUGCUCAACCCGGGAGCGGAUCUGGUGAUCUGCGACGAGGGCCACCAGAUCAAGAACAAACGGUCCGCGAUCAGCGAGGCGGUGUCGAAGAUUAAAACGCGCCGGCGCAUCAUGCUCACCGGUACGCCGAUCCAAAACAACCUGAAGGAGUAUUAUUGCAUGGUCAACUUCAUCAAACCAUCGUUCCUGGGCAGUGACAAAGAGUUUAGCAACCUGUAUGCCAAUCCCAUAAAAAAUGGACAGUGUAAGGAUUCCGAUCACCAGUCGAUCAAGAUCAUGAAGCAACGGUCGUAUGUGUUGCACAACAAGCUUUCCAAGUUUGUGCAGCGUAAGGAAGCGGCAGUGUUGAAGGAGUUUCUCCCGGAAAAGUUUGAGUAUGUUCUGUUCGUUCCACUGACGCCAGUACAAGAAAAGAUGUACGAAGUGUUUCUACAGAUGAAUGAUUAUACGAACAACGAUGUUACCGGCGAGCCGGGAAGGACAAAGAAAUUCAAACUGAUUGCCGAUUACACCUCGCUGCGAAAGAUCUGGACGCACCCGAAAGUGCUGGAGAAGGCGUGGGAAUCGGCCAACCUGGAGAAGAAUCGGCGGGACGCGGCGCGCAAAACGGCCACGCCGGACAGCGACGACGAGUCGCCGGACGAUCACAACGACAUCAAGAGCGGCCAGCUGUCAGUGACGAACGACUGGUGGCGCCAGUACCUGCAGAUCGCCGACCUGGAGUCACUGUUUCCAAGCAACAAGCUGUGGAUACUGUUCGAAAUACUGAAGCACUGCAACGAGCGGGGCGAGAAGGUGCUCAUCUUUACCGCGUUUGUGUCGGUGCUGAACAUGGUGGAGCAUUUCAUGGCCAAGAUUCACCACCAGGAGGAGAACCCGCAGCUGUCAGACGCGUACGCGUACAGCGCAUUCAAGGGACCGUGGGAACCGGGCAAGGAUUAUUACCGGCUAGACGGGAAGACGCAAAAGUCGAUCCGGCAUCAGAUGAUCACGUCGUUCAACGAUCCGCAGAACAAGCGCACCAAGUGCUUCCUCAUCUCGGCCAAAGCGGGAGGCCAGGGCAUCAAUCUGACCGGCGCGAACCGGGUGAUCAUACUGGACACGUCCUGGAAUCCUUCGAACGAUCAGCAAAACAUUUUCCGCAUCUUCCGUCUUGGGCAGAAGCGCAAGUGCUACGUGUACCGGUUGAUUGCGGCCGGCACGAUGGAGGAGAAGGUGUACUCGCGCUCGGUCACGAAACAGGCGCUCAGCUUCCGGGUGGUGGACGAGCAGCAGAUCGAUCGGCACUACAGCUACGGCGAGCUGGCGGAACUGUAUACGCUCACGAAGGUGUCGGAGAUGACGCGCGAGACGCCGAUCCUGCCGGCGGACGACAUACUGGCGUCGCUGUUGCGCACCUACCCGAACAAGAUACUGAAGUACCACGAGCACGACUCGCUGCUCGAGAACAAGCCCGAGCAGGACCUGAGCGAGGAGGAGAAGAAGGAGGCGUGGGCGGCGUACGAGCGGGAGAUACAGAACAACGAGAACCGGUCCUACCUGUCGCAGCUCAACUCGAUGGGUGCGGCGGCAGCGGCCCAGCUCGGCGGUUUGCUGGGCUCGUCUGCAUACGGUUCGCCGAUGGCACCGUACUACGCCAGCGCCAUGGGCUAUCCGGGUGCCAUGGGGCUGCCAAUGGGCGGUGCCGGCGAUAUGUACCGGAGCGAUUACGCCGCCUCGUACGGCAGCUCGAUGGGCCGGCCACCACUCUACAUGCAGUACGCGGGUUCGCAGCAGUACAGCACGCUGAUGAACGAUCCGGCCUUUGCGACGGCCUUUGCCAAGAUGUACAGCAGCUUCCCGCUGUCCGGGGCGGGCGCAAUGGAUUACGGUAUGCCGCCACUGGGGGGCCAUUCGUCGCCGAUGGCAAACGGCGCCCAGUCGAUGCUCCCACCGAUCGGACCGGCGAGCAGCCCGGGAGGAGGAGGAGCAUCGACCGGCAAAGGCGGGGGUGGAGGAGGCUACGGCACGACGUCUUCGCUAGCGAGCAUGCUCAGCCUGUUGUCGGGCAAGUCAGGCGCCGGUGCCAGCGGUCUGUCGUCGUCCGCCCUCACCAGCCUCAGCCAGUCCCUGUUGGGCGGGUCUUCGAGCUCGUCGCUGGCGGAGCUGGCAGCACAUCACACCGCGCUAAGCAGUAGCGGGGCCAGUCCGUCCGCUCACUACAGCCCGCUAAAGCAGAUGAGUGACUAUGCGCAAAGUGGUGCAUCGUCCCUGCUGUCGCCUAAUGCGCUGCAGGCUUCGGCAUCGUCGGGUUUAUCGAUUUCAAACAUUGCCUCGCUGCAGAAAGCAAACCCACCGCAACCACCACCGGCAAGCAAAUCGAGCAGCGGCAGCAGUAGCAGCUACGAUUCCGUCACGAAAGCACUGUUUAACCGAUUGACCGAACAAAUGUCAGCCUCGGCACUGGCAACGGCGGGCGUUUCUAGUCCAUUCUCGCCGCGCACUGUACCGCUGCUAUCGCCCACGCUGGACAAUCAGCCGCGCAGCAGUGCGGGAGGUGCUUUCCCACUGACGGCUUCGUCACCGAUGACAUCGAAUAGUGGCAGUGCGUUAACCGUUCCCAUCAGCAGCAGCAACAGCAGCAUCAGCACUCCCUCUCUACUGUCCUCAACGGCAACGGCUUUAUCGCUAUCGAUUGGACAGGGCCCACCCAAGAGUACAACCGCCGGGGAGCAACCGAGCAAUCUAGUGGCGAAUAACCGUUCCGCAGGGGACAGUUUCGCAGAAAACAGACUGGCAGCGACACCGCCUGCGUCUAGUUUGCGGUCAGGGCCGGUUAGUUCGGCAGUACCGGCCCGCACACCAACCGCUGUCGCUAACCCGAGCGAAGAGGAGGACAAAUCGCGCCGCACGUCAACUGCGCCAGCAAAGGCGCAGGACGUGCCAAACAAACGUGGCACGGGAAAUAACUUCAACAGCACGCCGUACAGUACGACAGUGACCCCAAGCAGUGCCACGGAACCGUCCAACACGAACAGUGGUGGGAAGGACACCACGAAAGCUACCAAAACACUAAGCAAUUUGGCACAGCAGCUGCCCAAACCCUCGACUGCGAAGGUACCGGCGAAGCAGAGCAGUUUGCAAACCGCCGUACCAGCUGCUGUCCCACCCGCUCCACCCAUCAUCUCCAACCCGAUGCCAAGCCGACUGCAGCUGGCGCGUGCAAACAUCGCCACCAGCGUGAGCAGCGCAUCCACCCCUGCCCAGCAGGCACUAGCGAAAAGUGGAGCCUUGAAGCCCAGGGUACCAUCGCCCACCUUCAAAAUGACGGCAGCGAACAAACAGCCAACGGCGGCAAGCAAACCGUCGCCAUUGUCUCGCAGCCCACUGACGGUACAAACGGCCGUCGGUGCGAAUAAGAAGAACAGUCCGCUGCCGUCUCCUGCCGGGAGUAACAAGGGCAACUCGUUGCCAUCUCCUGUUGCGAACAGCACAGGACCGUUAUCGUCUCCCGCCACGUCGACACCUGCUGCAACGCCUGCUGGGAUGAGAUAUAUGCUUUCUGGAUCUGCAGAUCAGCGAACGGCAGCAACAACCACGACGACGCCAAUUACCACCAAACCGGCAAAGAGUGGAAUUUCCAUUACGACUAAACCACAACAACAACCACAACAACCCACGCCACCGCCACUUCCAGCGCCUACUUCUGUAGUGAGUGUGACGCAACCGCCCACCAUCGUCACUACCUCCGCUGUCGGCAAAGGUGCCGCCAAAGCGAUGGCGAAACCAUCACCGGCGACGGUUAGUAGUGUGAGCUCGCAGAUUAAAAUCAACCCACUGAACGCGCUGGCCAAACAGUCCGGACUGGGCAGAACGCAAACGCUGUCGAACACCACUACAAUAACGGCGGUGAAAUCGGCGCCAGCACCAGCACCACCCAAAUCCAAGCCCGAAAGUCGCCCAAUGACGGUGAUACCGAUGAAAACGUCCGUAUCCCCGUUGAGUGGCGCAGGUUCUAGGGCUGUUAAAAAACCCGUCACUACUCCUACAGCGUCGACAGCUCCACUAGUAGCCGCCACCCCCAAGCUGACUCAACUGCAACAAUCCAGCCAGAUCGUUAGCAGUGUAACGGCUCCUCCUACUGCAGCCCGCACGAUCGCUACACAGUCUGCUGUCCGUCCUGCGAGCGCGCUGCAAAAGUCGAGCUCGGCGGCAAAGAUUACCCCCGUCACGCUACUGUCCGCGGCCAGCAUGACGGGUAAGCUGAACAACCCGCCGGGUGUGCCGGGUGCGCCCCCUCGACUACCGGGUACGGCAGCCUCCUCGACCAUGGUGAAGACUUCGUUAGGUUCAACACCUUCAACCAACUCCAUCCAGCAGCAGCAGCAGCAGCCCGUGUUAGUUAGCCGACCAAAUCCACCAAUAAGUCAGAUAAACCGCACACCGGCAGUGAUCAACCGGGCGGGCAAAAGCCCCAUAACCAUCAAUCCUGCUGCAACGGGUGCCUCCACCGGGGGUAUCACGAUAACGAAAAGCAAUUCCGCCAGCAUUAUCACACCCAAUCCGGGACCACGUGUGACGGGGGCUGCCGGCGCAUCUGCGCCCGCUACCACAAUGACGGUAAUACCAACCGCAAACAUUAUUCUGCCUGUGUCGGCAGCACCGGGUGGCGUGACCACUGGCAGCGGUAGUACAGGCCAGCCCACCCGGUCCACGCUCAACUACAGCUACAAGGAUGUGGGCAAAGAGCUUGUGAUACGGCGAGCGGUGGCAUCGCCCACCAUGCGACGGAUCUUGCCCUCGACACAGGGAUCUCAGCAGAUCCUCAUCAACAAAGCAACAGCAGCAGCAGCUGGGACGACUACACUCAAGCCCGCUGGCACACCAACCACCACAAUGACAACAGCGACAGUGAAAGCCAACCUACCGAUGGGGAACAUUAUUCGUGCCGGUGCCGCUGGCAGUAAUUCCGCAACGACGUCACUAACGGCCGGUGUGCAACCGACACCGAACAGUAUGAUCAUUCGACGCCGCGGCAUCGACUCGACGGCGGCAAAGAACGCUCCCAAGACGCUGUCGUCGCAUUUGGGAGUUAUGCCGGGUACGCCACCCAUGAAGCGUCCCAGGCUGGAAGAUAAUACGCAAAACGCAAACAGUACGAUCGUAACAACAAUUCCAGCCAGUGCACCAUUCGUUGUGGGUAGUCGAUUAGGUGGAGGUAUAACGGUCACUGCCAAAACCGCCACCACCACCACCAACACAGCAGCGAAACCAAAGAACGGCAAAGGCGAUCAUACGGAUGUUGUAGUACUGGAGUGAAGAAGUUCCUGCAAUAACCGGCACCGGUGUUAGUGUAAUUUAUAGAUAGUGGUAAGCAGUAACAUUUAAAAACCACUAGCAGCAUAAGAAUACCAGUAAUGGAAAACGGGAAUAGAUUGAUUGAUGUCUAUGUCAUGCCACCGUUCGUAGCAGUGCGUAAUUUAUGCAUUCGAAUCAGAAAUUAAGCGAAGGGGAGCUUUUAUUAUCUCUUGAGCAUAAUAUGAGGCAUAUGUAGCAUAUGUAUGUGUGAGUGUGUGUGUGUGUGUGUGUAUCAGUAUGUCGUCAGUAAAUACGAACGUCCUAUAAAUGUAAAUAGAGCAGUACGGUGUACGGUAGAUUAUUGCACUGUAAUUAACUUAUUCUUGAAUGGCAACACACUAUUUAUGCUAGAUAGAUAGCGGCGGCAGUUGGGAGCCAGUUUUCUGAUAUACAGUAUAAGUACCGGAUGUGUAAUUGGAUAAGGAAUCUUUCGAAUUGGAAAACUGGUGGAAAACGAGCGAAAGAGAAGGUUGCAGAUAGGGAUCAGAACAAUUUACCGGCAGGUAAGCGAACACACACCUACCCAUUUUGAAUUUAAUACAUUUGCGAUAGAAAAACUAAAGCAUUUUAACGAUACACUAAUGUUAAGCUUUUAAAUACGGAAAGCAACAGAAAGCGCACAAAACUACCACAACGAGGCCAACGAGGCCGUCAAAGUAGGCCAUUGCAAAUGGAGACGAUUAGUAUCGUGUAAAUAAUGUGGUGUGUGCCACACACAUACCAAACCCCCAAAAGGUUGUGUAGGCUUAAAACGAUCGUACACUCUCCUCGUGCUCGUCUGUUGCUCGUAGAAUGUCCUGAACCAGAACAAAUAGGAAAAACCGAGCAAAAAGAAUACGAUUAUCACUAGUGAUUUAUCUUCUCAUUCUUGAUGUUUGUGGUAGUCCGGGUACGUGAGAACGGGGAGAAGAAAGGAUAAGGCUUUUGAAAUUGCUCGAAACCGGUCGUGUAAAUCUGGUGCUGUGUUUAAAGCGUAAAUGUAAGUAGCUUCUACUGAGGGGGGACUAGCUUAGAGAGAGAAGGAGAAAGAAGGCGCAUUAAGAACUGAUUGUGCGAUGAACAAUCGCUCAACGUGAGUGGAAGAUGGAAUUUAAGGGGGAAACAAGGAACUCUGUAUUUAAAAGAAGUCUGCAGUACCAUAGCUGUACAUACAAAGUGACAUUGAGUUGUGAUUCUCAUUCAAAAAACGAAUUUAAAUAAAUUUGAGGAAGAAAUGGA